AGGAGGUGUGUCUGUGGUGGAGCAAGCACACGCCUCUUAUAUAAAAAGUCAACUCAAGUGUAGUGCUGAUCAGACGAACCGAUUUUAAAAGCAGUGCUUUUGUGCUCGAGUUGUUGUCAUAGAGUUUUGGCGGUGUUACUUUCUGUCUCAGCGCGAGAGACUUGUUCUUCCUUCGAGGGGGAAACAAAGAAGAGAGAAGCGCGAGGCUGUAAUUAAGUUCUCUAAUCAGCAGAAUUAACAGCAGGUGUGAAUUCAUGUCUGUAUUCUCCCCGCAGAUUUACUGCCCAGUGUUUGUGCCCGGCCGAGACAUGACUGAGGUGAUGAUCAAUAGCACCCCAAUGGAGGACAUGAGGCUGAGCCCCAGCAAGGAUAGACUCUCCUUCCAGAUAUUCCCUGACCCCUCAGACUUCGACCGCUGCUGUAAGCUCAAAGAUCGCCUGCCGUCCAUCGUGGUUGAGCCCACAGAGGGAGAGGUAGAGAGUGGGGAGCUUCGCUGGCCUCCAGAGGAAUUUCUCGUCAGUGAAGAAGAGGAGGAGGAAGAUGAGGAAGAUGAGCAGCACAACGGCAGUAUCCCAAACGGACAGCCGAUACAGAAUUCACAGCAUUAAAGGCUGUGCUGUAGCAUCCUUACUCCCCUCUCUCUCUCUCUCUCUCUCUCUCUCUCUCUCUCUCUCUCUCUCUCUCUCUCUCUCUCUCUCUCUCUCUCUCUCUCUCUCUCUCUCUCUCCACACUGGUUCCACCGCUCCUCCGACAGACUCAGACACGCUCAGUGUCUCAUGAUACCAUCUCGCCCUCGACACCAAAGCAUCACACCCACAAGAGAAGCAAUACACACAAGAAUCACACCGCCCUCACAUGAUGAAUUAUCCUCCCAAUCUCCAAACUCACCUAAUCAGACUUGGAAAGAACAGACACACACACUCAUAACCGACACUUUCUUCUUACCAUGCCUGUCACCGUGUGUGUCUCCGCCUGGAAGAGGUGUCCUAUUGGACGCUGGCAGCUCUGAGCUCCAUGGACAGCUCUCGCACUGCAGUGGGGCUGCAACUGCUCUGUGUUUAUCUCCAAAAUGGCUGGCGUCAUGACCCCAGAGACUGGCAUGCAGAACAUCUGUGGCACCUGUGGGAUUAUCGUCUUCAAGUACACCGUCUGUACCUGUGUUCAAUUUCUGGAUUGAUCUGUUGAUUAUCGUGAUUGCCACUGCUGUCCGUGUAUCUGUUUCUGAGACGUGAAUGUUUUGUGAUUUGAGAAGUGGGUGUUUGUGCAAAAUAAUCCUGGUGCCCCUGAACAAGAUUCAUCUAAACAGAAAUCAUUUUAGAGAGGUGAGAAUGAAAACAAGAGAAAAUUAACCAGCAUGACCUACUUUUAAUGUAAUCAGUCAUUGUACAAAUACUUGUUUUGCUGUCAGGGCUCAGUCAACAUUAUUAUCCUCUCAUCGGGAUGGCCUCCUUUAAGCCUUAUGACAAAAUGAACUUGGGUGACAGAGAAAAGAAAGCUGCAUUGUUUAAAAAAGAGUUAUUAAUGACUGAAAGUGUAAUAUUUGAUAAAGCGCUUUAUAAUAGAUGUACAGACCCAAUGAAGGAUGUGUAAAUACUUGUUCCCAGUGAGCCAAACUGUGAGGCCUUGCGUUGUGCUGCUCUUGUUUGUACCCGGGGAUUGAUUUCCAUUUAAGACAGACUGAGACUGGCUCUGAGCUGUACACACCUGAACUUUAAAGUUGGCUGGCUGCAUAAGGCCAGAUCAGACUACACGAGUUAAGCCAGAUUUGACCCGAUUGCUUUACUGCAAAAAAAAUAAUAAUAAUUUCAUUGCCCACUACAAGUCUUGAAAUUAAAAGAAACCAAAGUCAAUGUUUGGGUAACCCCAGUUAAUAGAAAUGUCUCCUCUUAAUUCAGAGCUAAAAUCACAAGUAUUUUCUCACUGAUUAGUCCCAUAAGAAGUGCCACUUGAGCACACUGAAACUGGAGGACUUGUGCAAGAAAAUUGGCUUUCUUUGGUCUGAUUUUCACCCACAUAAUCAGCUAAUUUUGAUUUUACAAUCUCCAAAAUUUCAAGUUUUGUUUCAGAUGCAACUUUUAAGAAAUGAAAAUCCCCCCCCUAAAAUUUAACAGAUCCUCCAUCUUUUAUUUUUUAAGUGCCCCCAAUAUGCCAUCAUAAUGGACAGCUUAUAUGUAGAUCUGGCUAGAACAAGCGUAUUUAAGCUUAUGUUGGGACUUGGUCAGUGAAAACUAUUCAAAUUGACACUUAAUUUUUCAAAGUGGGUCCUGGGGGGUCUGAGCUUUUCUUGGAUACCUGUAGGGGGGGUCUAAAGGAAAAAGGUUAGAAACUAAUGACCUCACAGCAGAAGAUGUGUAGUCUAACAUGGUGCAAUUGUAAAAGACUAAAUAAUUGUGUAGUCUGAUCUGGCUGUAAGUCUUCCUGUCCUUUUAUUUUGAAACAGCCAUACUUUGUAAAGUUCAGGCCACAAAAAAAACAUAGUAGGACAGAAUUCACAGCUUCAUAAGGCAAUAUAUAAAAGUGUAUUGAGCUCAUUUUCACAACACUGAUAGUCCUGUAUUUGCCAAAAGUUGUUCUUGAGAAAUCUUGGUAGUAUUGUCUGUCAUUUAAUUGUAUUGCAGUCUCAAAACUUGGUGUUCUUUUCUUCACUCUUUAAAUAUCAACACGUUUGUGGAACAAUUCUUGUAAGUCAGUUGGUGGAAACGGCACAAUAUGAAAUACUGUUGUAAAAGCAUGACUGCGGUAUGUCUAUGUUUUUGUAGUUUCUCAUUUGAGUGGCAUUAGGGCUGUGUACAGAAUAUCUCUCUCUCUCUCGUUUCUCCUGUCAGUCACCUACAGGUCCCACGCUGUUUUUGUAAAGCUCAGGGAGAUUAGCCACCAUCUUUCUCUUGAUUUUGUUUUCUUUUUUUUGUAUUUAGACCACUUUUCUCUGUGACACACAGAGGCUGUAAAUAAACAUUUGAAUUUGC